AUGUAAAUUUAUAAACCCUCUUAUUCAAUCUCUGGAUUUAGACCAUAAGCUACUGAAUAUUAUCAUAGGAUUUAAUCUGCUAAUACAGCUAAUACUAUUCAUAGUAAUAGAACUAUUCCAUAACAAACUAUUUCAUCUAAUCGUAGCUAAACGAGAAUUACAACUGCAAAACCUAUUAGAUCAUUUGUUAUUAACAAAACCAUGAAAUCUAAACCUAUAGAAGAUGAAGAUUUUGAUUAAAUUAUUAAAACUUCUCAUGACCAAGAAUUAUUUAGUAUUUUCUUUUUUAUUAAAUUAGAGUUCAAACAUAGAUGUAAUGCACCUUAACAUUUAAGAAUGGAAUAGAUAUAUCGAUUUAUUUAUGAUAAAAAGACUAGUAACAAAUAAAAAUAUUCUAUGCAAAGUAAAAUUAAUUAAUAAGCUUUACCUGUGGCUAGUGGCUCUAUUAGUAUAAUGUUAAAUGUUGCCAGAAAAGAUUAUGGAUUUAAUUUGUAAUCCUUUAAAAAAAAGAUUGCACCUAAAUCAAAAUUUAAAAUGAAGUGGAAAACUAUUUAAUGGUUAUUAAAAAAUAGAAAAGAUGCCAUUAGAUAAAUAUUCUAAAAUUAUUAAUCUAUUGUAAAAUAAGCUAAAGACUUUCCAGAUGGAUUAAAUAAAGAAUAAUUUUAAGGGUUAUUAAUUUCUUUUGGAUUGGGAGCUGACAAAAAUUUAGCAGAAAAAUUAUUUUAUGUUUUCGAUGAAGAUUCAAGUGGAACUGUUGAUUAUAAAGAACUUAUUGUUGGUUUAGAAGUUUUAAAAGAUGAUACAAUUGAUGAAAAACUAAAAAGUAAUUUACUUUAUCUAAAAAUAUAAUAGUAUUUUUUGAUUUAUGCGAUGAAGAUGGAUCAGGCAAAGUUAGUGAAAAAGAAAUCUUUAACAUUUUAAAAUAAAAUAUCAUAAAUGAAAAUGAUAAAUAUUAACUUAAAAUGGUCAUUAGAGAAAUGAUUAAAUAAGUUGAUUAAGAUGGAGAUGGUGAAUUGAAUAAAGAAGAAAUCUUAUUGGCUGCAAGCAAAAAUCCAAUUCUGAGAAGAUUACUUGAAUAAACUAUUUCUAAUGUAAGACGCAUUGAUGCAAUUAUUUAAAAUGAUUUAGAAGAACCAUUUCAUUAAUUUGUACCCUCCUCAGCAAAUUUUAUUACAUAAAAAGAAGGAAUUCAUUUUGCUACUCAAUAAAAAUUAAUUGAUGCUUUAGAAGAUAUUGAUAAAGUAAAUAUUUUAAUAUUAUUUCUAGAUUCAUGAAAAGGGUUAAAAAAUCAAAGAAUAUACAAAACCUGAAAAUCAAAUGGGACUUACUACCUAUUAAGGAUUACAAGAGAAAAAAUUCCUUGAUGACUCUUAAUUUGAUUGA